CCUCGACCUCUGCUACACAUAUCUUUCUCUUGUCUCUCCGUUUGAUCCAAAAGGAUGACGAACAAUUUGGUUUUGCUGUUGUACUUAUUGCUGCCUUGGUGUUUCAGCAUAGUUAGCACAACUUUCGCUGCAAGUGCUCUUAACAACGAGGCCAAAAACGAGUGGUUUCAAUCCGGCGUCGACCUCAUUAAAGACAACCUACGACUCCGCGAAAAUCGCCAAACAGCAAAAAAUGUGAUAAUGUUCUUGGGCGAUGGGAUGGGCCCCACCACCGUCACAUCUGCUCGGAUUCUUGAAGGACAACUGCGUGGAGAGACUGGCGAAGAGAAUGCUUUGAGUUGGGAAAAAUUCCCCUGGUCGGCAUUCUCCAAGACGUACAACACUGAUCAACAAGUUGCCGACUCGGCAGGCACUGCCACAGCUUAUUUGAAUGGAGUAAAAACAAGAGCUGGUGUAAUCGCUGUUGACGAAACUGUCCGCAAAGGUUACUGCGCCGAUAUGACCGAAGCCACCAAAGUCAAGUCAAUCCUAACUCUCGCAGAGGAAGCUGGGAUGUCUACGGGGAUUGUGACCACAACACGCAUUACGCAUGCGUCACCGUCUGUACUUUAUUCUUAUAGUCCCGAUAGAAACUGGGAAAACGAUAUGAAAAUGAAAAGUAAGGCCAAAGAUGACUCUAGCUCUUGUAAAGAUAUUGCCCUUCAGUUGGCAGAAUAUUCAGUCGGUGAUGGCAUCGAAGUGUUAUUCGGAGGAGGAAGGCAAAACUUCUACCCAAAAAACCAAUCAGAUCCCGAGUAUCCCCAGCUACAAGGCAAACGCGGAGAUGGCCGAAAUUUGGUCAACGAAUGGCUGGCUAACAAUCCCGACUCACAGUUUCUGUGGAAUAAAACGGCUUUUGAUGCGUUGGAUGUCAAGACGGUCAAGCAUGUGAUGGGUCUGUUUGAGUACAGCCAUAUGCAGUAUGAAGUAGAGAGAGUCAACGAUACAGGAGGCGAACCUUCCAUCGCUGAGAUGACAGCUAAGGCCAUUGAAAUUCUCAGUAAAAAUCCCAAAGGAUUCUUUUUAUUCGUCGAAGGUGGACGCAUUGAUCACGGACAUCACGGUGGAAAAGCUGUAAAAGCCCUCAUGGAUACAGUUGCCAUGGCAAAAGCGGUAGAUAAGGCAGUCAGUAUCGUUGGAGAAGAGGAAACAUUAAUGAUCACUACCGCUGACCACAGUCACGUGUUAUCCAUAGCGGGAUACCCGCGACGAGGGAACCCAAUCUUCGAGUUAGUAGUCGAAAAAGACAAUGCCACAAGUGUUGGUAAAGAUGGCUUACCGUACACUACGCUAGGAUAUGCUAACGGGCCCGGUGGACUAUCCCUUAACGAAAGCAGGCAAAACCUCACAGGCGUGAAUACCGCUGACAAGGACUUCUUACAGCAGGCUCUUGUGAAGACGUCGAGUGAGUCACAUGCUGGAGAAGAUGUCGGGAUUUACGCUACUGGCCCAGGAGCGUAUCUCUUCCACGGUGUCGUUGAACAGCACUACAUUUUCCACGUGAUGGACCACGCCCUUUGUCUAACGAGCAGUAAGCAGGACAAGUGUUUCAAGCACGGGAUGAGAGGUGGUGAAGUCGUUACCAGGGGACCGCCGCGAUCAGGUUCUGCACCUCUGAUUCCGCUUGCUAUGUUGAUUAUUUUCGUAUCGUUUGUUGUGGCUAUGUUUUGAUCAACGCGUCAAAUGACUAGCUCUUCUCUAUAUUACCUUUUAUUCUAAAACCUAAGUACAUUUGUUUUCUUUCUUUUCUUUAUAGACGAAUAAAAUUUAUUACAUUUGUACUUA